AUGAGGCCCGAAGCCCGGCCUGACGCACAAGCCUGGAAGUGCAGACAGGGCAAACAUGACAGGUGCGCUGGAGCACAUGUAGUUGGAAAGCGAUAUGAAAUUUUUUUUUGUCUUCUCCGGCGCUAAUGGCUCGCAGCCACGGCGUUUCUGCCAGUUGAAGAAAAUGCAAGGAAUUUGAAACUCGGCAAAGUCUGCGCACUUCUCGAAAUUCGCCCGCGAAAUUUGAAAAAGUGGCUUUAUUUUUUAUUUUUUGUCUAUUUUUUCAUAUUUUUUCACUUUUUCUUUGCGUAGAUUGCUGAUAGUAUUGCGGGACCACGAUCGGGGUAUACUCUGGGUUGUUAGACGUUUUUUUGAAAGUAGUUCUGUGAGGCUAACUUUAAAACUCGUGAUGAAGAAGCGUUUUGAAAAAUCUCCACCUGUUUGUAUGGAACAUGUUUCACCCCAUUUUAUGUUUUUCUUAUUCUAUUUUUUUGUCGAUUGUUCAGAUUUCUAGGUUGUGGACAUCAAUGAGAUGAAGUUACAUGAAAAAAAGUCUGUGAAGUUGAGAAAGUAUGUUCCGGAGUUCAUUUAUAUCCGGAUAUUCCGUCAACUUUUUAUAAUAAAAAAAGUACUUGCUGUAAAACAUCUUUUUAUUUGUUUCUCCACAGCAAUAUAGUUUUUAUUUAAUCUCUUUUAAUUUCCUCGUCUUUUUUUCUUCAAUGUUCAUUCUUUUUCUCACACUUAUAUCAUCGGUUAACCUUAUUUUUCCAAAUUUUUUUGUGCAUGCACUAAACACGUCCUAAUUGACGGAGAAAAGUGGGCGGGGCGUCGCAAAAGAAACACCGUGCAGCCUCAGCUGAGGUUGCUCACGCUGCACGACGAAUGCCUGAUCAGGCGCCGAACGCCGGGGUUUCAUUUUUUUUUUUUUUUGUUCAUAUAAGAUAAGAAAUUCCUUUUUUUUCUCAAUUUUAUGCAUUUUCUCUCAUCGGAGAAACGGUACAUGCUAGCCAACGCAAAAGCGUGUUCAUCGGCGCUCCAAAGUUGCUCCAAAACAUGACUAUUUUUUUUUGGAACAUCAAUCUUGCUUUUCGGAAUAUUUUUCGUUUUUUUCCGAUUAACACGCAAUUAAACUUUUUUCAAUUUAAAAAUGGUUAGUCUUUUCGCAACAUUUUUCGAAACAGUUUUCGAAAGUGAGCGAGGAUGCUAAUAAUGCCGUUUUCAAUUUGAUUCCGCGAAACGCAAAAUGAUCUCUGACUCUCCAAAAUUCAGUGAUCUUCCCCUAUCUCUAACGGGUAUUUUGCGUUUCGCGUAAUUAAAUUGUACACGGCAUAAUAACACGAAAAUGAAAAUUACGUAUUUGAAAUACUUUGACGUAGGGCGGCAAAAGGUCGCCACAACUCUUUCUCUGAUACACAUGAUUUCGUCGCGAUCUUGCUGCGAGAAAACGACGAAAUAGUGUCUGUCAGGGAAAGAUUUGUGGCGAUCUUCUGGCGCCCUCAUGUCAGAGUAAUUAUUAUUUUCCACUCAAAAGACAAAGAUAAGACACUGUGCUUUUGUAUAUUGUCGUUCUUCCUAUAUUUUUUCAAUGUGUCAAGCUCCUGCGACCUGAACGUUUAUCGGAAUGAAGUCCCAUUUUUAAGGUAUCGUGAGGCGGCAGUAUCCAACAAUUUCUACUCUGUCAAAACGAUGAGUGAACAAAACGAUAAUUCUUUCCAAAAUAAAGACGUCUUCGUUUUCUCAGAAGGCAGUACGCAUGAUUCAGGUAAACGUGACUCUUAAUUGACGAAAAAAGUUGUUUCAGAGGCGACAACCGAGGCUAAUGAGCAGUACCCCGCGAUUCCAAUGGACGAAGAAGACGAAGACGUCAGAUUUUUUGAAUUAUAGCAUUGAAGAACUGAUAAGAAGCAAUUUCAGGAGAUCGAACAGAUUUUGACGGAGAAUUUAGUUCCUGAUAGCGAUCGCGAAAUGCUCACGCUGCACGACGAAUUUCAACAUCCGAACAAAAAAGAAGAUUUAAAUGUAUUUUUUUCUGUUUUUUCGUCUUUUUUUUUCACAUAAUGGCUCAAAUUUUUCCGAUGAGCUUUCAUGAAGCACAAGAACUUUUAUUCUUUCGAUUGUUACAUAGUUUUAGGAGCUUAUGAGGAGCAUUCUGUUCGCGAGUUUGAUGGCGGGUGGAGUGAAGCUGAAAGAAGGUCUUUCCGUGGAAGAGGUCGACGCUCUCAUUAAGUAGGCCUUUGGAUUUGAACAAAAAAUAAUUUAAUCUUAGUCGCUAGUGAUAGUGUGAAAUUCAAGUAAAUCGAGAUAUUUUUUUCAAAAAAUUCAUACCUGUGGUUUGAAAAAAUUGAAUUUUCUUGUUUCUUUCGAGUAAAAAAAGUUUCGCGUAAAAGCGCGAAAUAAGCAGUUUCCUCCUAAAAUUGAGUUUUUAUUUUUUCAUCAACUAUCCUAAUUCCAUCCUAAUUUCCGCGCACAAGUUUCUUCUUCACCUAUUGUUCAAUUUUCAAUUGCGUUAAUUUGCAGAGAUUUUUCUUAUUCGCAGAUGAAUCUUCUGUCAAUCGGAUUGAUUCUGAACAAAGAAAAAUAUUCAGACCAGAAAAACGGAAAGAGCAAGGUAGUUUAUUGUAGGUUUCCAAUAUCUUCCAACGAUCAUUUUUCAGGGACAAGUGUUGACUGAAAAAAACUUCGAAGAUAUGAUAAUUCUCGAUGAAAAGGGGAUACGGUAUGCAAAAAAUCCCUGUUUUCUUGAAAAAAAAAAAACUUGUUUUCAGUCCUAACUUGAAAGAUCCGACGCUGAAAGCUCUUGCAGAUAAGGCUAUCAAAGGUGCGGAAAACCGUGAAAGAAGGUUAAUUCAAAAUAUUUUUUUUAUUUCGAUUAUAAUCGCUCCAAUUUUUUUUAACUUUAUAGUAUUUUGUGUUUUUUGAGGGAGCGAAGGGAGAACGAAGACAAGAAAAAUCGUCACGCAGACCCCGAAGCCUGUCGGCGAGCUAUGACGGUACGUUUUAUUUCUCUAUGAGUUCGUUUUCAGAUCAUCCUGAUCGUUAUGCUAAACUUCCAACAGCUUGAAAAGUUGUUAAAUAGACAAAUAUGAUCUCUCAAUAUUAAAUUUGGUCACGAUCAAUUUUUUUAAACACACCAGAAAAUCUUUUCUCAAUAUAAUAUAAAUUUCAUUCUGAAUAAAACAACUUUUGAAAUUACUUCGAUUAUAUUGAAAGUUGAUGACUCUUUUUUUCAUAUAUAAUUUGCUUACUCGCAUCGCUUUUUAUUUUCAAAAAUUCGUGUGAUAUAUAUCUAUUAUUCAACAAAAAAUUAAUUUUUUAGUAUUGUGGUACUGAAUUUUUUUUGCUUUCAGGCGUGCAAUUUUUUGAUGUUCAUGAUCGAAGAAGUAUCGAAGGAAUUGCGACAGAAUCCGGAGACAGGAGUUUGUCUUUUUUUCAAUGAUUUCUGGUAUUUCAUUACUAUUUGUGUCCGAUAAUAUCUUAGUGGUCUCUUUAUUUGAUAGUUCUGAGGAAGCUUAAGAAGUAUUCUGCCGAAGUGCACUCCGAUAUCUAUCUCAUCGCGAAUCCUACUUAAAAAAUGUCUUUUAUUGAGUAAAUCAUUUUUUCUGCAUCAUGGAAUAUUGAAGAUCUGUUUUCGGUUAGCGGAACUAAGAAAAACUCCUGGAUGUCCUUUCCGUACUGAGGAUUGUAAUAUUCGAUUUUUGAUCGUUCCGACGAACAACUGUUUCCCUUCUGGAAAAGUACAACGUACAGUUUUUGUAGAAGUCAUGUACAAUUAUGAAGGAAGGCUUCUAAAAACUUCAGUUCGUUUUUUUUUUUUUCAUUCACGCUGAAAAAACUUUUUCGCUGAUCAGGAUUAGAUAUAUCUUGAGUCGAAUUUUCCAUAUAUUCUUCUUCUUGGCUGCAGCCGUUGUCAAUGACCCAUCUAUGUUUUGAUCUAAUGGACAUUGUACUUGAAUUUUAUGCUUGAAUAAUCUUUGAGGAACAAUUUUAUUCGAAUGAAAAUAGAAAAAACGUAUUUCGACGAAGUUGAGACCAAACUUUGCAGAUUCCUCUAUAUCGAAUCCGGAAUUUCUACAAAGAGAACGUUUGCAACGGCACAGGAAAACUGAAAGAAAAGUUCGCAGUCCUGCAACUGGAUGGCCACUCCGAGUUCAACAAAGAUGUUUCACAGAUCUUUGUCGUCAGUCCUCAUAAUCUUCUUCCAGCUCAUCAAACACCUCACAUCUCGGUCUACUCUGAAAAAUGCUUUCACCAUGGAAAUCUUUCUCAAAAAGCUCAGUUGUCACGAAGCUGAAAACGUUGAACCAGCCUACGGCAUCUAUCCAUGUUGGUCGAUUUCGGAUCAUCUUCGGCUCAACGUUUGAGUUUUCAGUGGCGAGACCCUACACUGCCGAGGAAAUCCAAAAUCGCUACGAUGAGCUUUCGCAGAAGAAGAACAACUUCUACAGAAGAGACGGUUUCUUGUUUUAGUCUGUAGAAAACUUCUGAAGUUUGGGUUUAUUAAUAUAAUUUUUUGGCAAUUUCAAAGUAUAUAUUGUUCAAAAAAACUUUCGUAUAGUGUUCGAGGCUAGUUAAAAGACAUAUAAUCAGUAUAUCGUUAACGAAACAUUUUGAAUCAAAUUUUUAAAAUUUUCAAAAAUCAGAAAGAACUAUCUGGCUUCCGUUUAUCAUGCUGUUCAGUUUGGUAGAAGUCUUUUUGACGCUUGCUCUGAAAAAAGUCGAUAAACCUGGAAAAAAUCGGAAAAAAAAAAUUUGUUUCAAAAUUCGAUCACAGAUUACACACGUGCUUCUGAUUCGUUUGCACUAGGAUCCAAAUUAUUCCGCUUUUUUUGAAAGUUAAUGUCGACAGAAAGCUGAAAAAACGAAACGUUUCCCAGUGAAAAAGUUUAAUCAUUCAAAUGUAAACACGAUUUUUGAGUAUUUUUUUCAAUACAAACUUUUCUCUAACAUGACUUCUUCGUGGAGAAAAAAAGUCAAUAUUUUUUUCAAAAUCUUCAAUUUUUUUCAAUUUUGAGGUAUCUGAACCUAGUGCAAAUGAAUCAGAAGCACGUGUGUGAGCUAAGAUCGCAAAAAAUUUUUUUUCAAAUUUUUCUUCCCGAUCACUGGAAGGUCAUCGAUUAAUAGUAAUAAUAAUUUACAAUUUAUUUUAUAUCGAUUCUUUCAGAGAACGCGUAUUUUUUUAUUAGAUCUAGAAGAAAUUUCAAAAAAAAUUUGAAACAAACUUAGAUUUUUGUUGACUUUUUCUUCAUCUAUAAUGUGGGAUGUACUUGGAAACUACAGAUCGAGCAUAUUCGAAGAAGCCGGCUCCCAGUGCACAAACGCAGAACAAGAAAAAAGAGCCUGAGCCGAGUCAAGGACACAAUCUCGGCUCUUCGGAGAGGGCACCUGUGUUCGAAAACGCUCCGCAGCCGAAAAUCUCUGAAAAAGUUUGCUUCCCAUUUCCAAAUCACCUGAAAAAGGCCGUUAACCCACGUCCUCUGAGGUUCCCGAAAAUAUGUUGGUACAAUAGUUUUCAAGGUUUUCUUUGAGCUGAAAUUCAUAUCGCAAACAAUAUGAAACCUUCUUAACUCACAUCAUCGGGUUUCAACAAGCUCCGCCCACGCUUACGGUUACUGUGACGAAAAUAUCGAAACAAGAAAAAAAAAGCUCGAAAAUUAUUUUUAUAGCCCAUUCAUUGAUUCCUCGAAAAACCUGUGUUACUGAUAAGAAAGUUCAGUCACCCGCUUUAUGCAUUUUCCUUCCUUCCUCUUCUUGACUUGGAUACUUUACACGUUUUCUUUUUUAUAUUAUUUAUCCAAUUUAAAGUUUCAUUUUAAAGUAUUAACUUCUUUUCGUUCACAGUUAUCAUUUUGCGGGAAACUCAGUGUCCAAAUACAAUUAGGGGAAAUCGAGAAAUUUAUAUAACUUUAUUUUAUCGCCUUAAUUGCAAUGUUUUUUUUUCUCACGACUAGGUUAUUCAAUGAGGUUCAUCAUGUAGAUGAACCAUUUCAAAAAUUUGCAUCAGUGCCUUUUUUUUUCUUUUGCAAAUCCAACUCUUGCCGAGUUCAAAACAUUCGUCGGCUGGAUCUCACCCCGCGGUGCGGCCUUUUUCAAUUCAAUUAGUUGAAAAAAAUGUGUCCCGUUCAAGUUUAUUGUUUCUUCUUGUAGCGCGAAAUUUGGCUAAUGCACGCUUUUUUUUGUUUUAUUUCAAAUGGUCUAUUUUAUCGAAGCAUUUCAUCUUGAUUUUCAGAUUUUUUGGUUUCAGCGACAAUCUCAAACAAGAGAAAUGGAAGUGAGCGAGGAGGAAUCCUACAACAGAGGUUUCCGAGAUUUGUCGCCUUCAUCUGGAAGCUCUUCUGAUGAGGUGGAGGAAAGUGACGGCGAGUAUUCUGACGACAACGACGAGGUCAAAGAGGCUCGUAAAAGGAACUUGGAAGAGAAAGCUAAGAAAGUUUGAGCCGCCCAAUAUUCGUAGAAAACUUAUUUCUUUUUCCAGAAAGAAGAGAGGAGAGCUCUCCGACUGAAAAGACUGAACUCCACCAAAGAAAGUACUAAUUUUUCAGUGAUUUUUCAAUUUCAUUUGAAAACGCUUCAGAAGGGAACCAAGAACAAAAUGAGGGCCCCAACAGUUUCGUGCAGUACAUGACCUUUGGACGAGGAGUUGAUUUGUCCAGAGCUGGAGCCGAAGUCAAAGAAAUCGUUUCGGAAAGCGGAAAGAAAGAUCUUCCACUUGAACAGGUUUUUUGAAAGAAGAAGUAUUCUGGAUACUUCUUUCUCAUUUUGGUCACUCCAAAAUUGUUCAGGAGCCACAACCUCUCAACAAAGUGUCUAAAGGCUUCCCGGAUGAUGCAGACUUGCAGCCUCAGCCUCUUUCUUCGAAUGUUAUGGUAUGUUUCCUUUUUUCCUUCUAUUCUUUUUCUUCUUGAAUUUAUAAAACUUUGUGUCGAAAACUCAGUCAGCGGAGUCUAUUCUAAAAUUUUUGCUGAUUGCGUUCCUCUUAGGAAAGAAAUAACUGAAGUCCAUUAAUGGGGUUUAAUGCAUUUUGUCAGCAAAGGCUCCUGCCUUUCGCGUUUUUGGACUAUACCUCAAGCGUUCGCGAGUUAGUGAUAAAAUUUUCAGAUAACUUUAAUUUUGAUAAUUUCCAAAAAGUUACAGCCAAACAGCGGCGUGCUCUUUCAUCACCAGAAAGACGCUCAGAAAAGGAUGAAUGAAAUUUCUGAGGAAAAGAGACUAGACCAAGAGCAAUCGCGACGAAUGGAAGAGCAGAAAGAGAAGGAACAGAGAAUUCAGGCGAAAGAAUUUUCAGUGCAGGCAAGGAAGGAACCGAUUUGAAAGACAUGAAAAGUUAUACAGGACGAUUUCGAAUACGCAAAGUUGCUCCAGCGAGAAGAGGAGGAAAGAAUGUACAGACAGCCCUCAAGACCAAAUUUCUCCGACUUGCCGCCCACGACGCAUCGGAGCACUUUUGGUCAAGAAAGACCUCCUGCCGCUUACAGAAACGACAAUGUUCAGCCAAACUACAGGUGUGAUAAUUGAAUUUUUGCAAAACCAGAAGGAUGAAUAUGUAUCAUACGUCGGCUGGAUACCCCGGGGUGCGGCCUAUCCUCCUCAAACUGCGGCCCACCCCCCGAAGAGUGCGGCAUUCCCCCCUCAAACUGUCGUUAUUUUCAAAUCAUUUUAUUCUUCAGAGCCGCUCCUACAUAUCCAACCCCGAUUCAACCGGAGUCGAUUCGAUAUCAAUCGAAUCACUCCCAAGUUCCCCUGCAACGCCAUUAUGAAGGCUCGAAAUUUGCCGGCAACAAAACGACCAACUACCCGCCUCAGUCCUAUCAGAAUAAUUCCUACCAGCCACAGAAUAGUUCCUACCAGCCUCAGCCUGUAUCCUCGCAAGCGACAUCCAGCGGUCAAGCCGGCGGUUUCGGUUAGUGCUUUUAGGGGUUUACUGCAGAGUUGCACGGAAAAGACAUUUUUUAGAUUCAUCUUCACAACGAGGUUUUUCAGCCUUUUUUAACCUUGAAGUCAAAAAGUUAUUUGAUAAAAAUAACAAACACGAUGAAACUCGAAGCGAAGUCAUACAUGAGCGCGUAAACAUUCCGCCAUACCGGGAGGCGCUGGUUACAAAAAUUUAAACUGGUGCAGGAGGUGAUGUCGGAUAAAUUCGAGCCUCAAAAAGAGGUCUGAAACAGCCGACAAAGCGUCAAUUUGUGCCAAGGGUCUAAACACCUGUGCUAUUAAUUAUUAACCCAUAUUUGCGCAGUUUUCAUAAGCUUGCCAAAAAUAAAAACUGUAAGAGGAAAAGUUUAAAGAGCAGAAUGAGGAAUGAGGAAUGAUUGAAGGACGAAAAUGUUUCGUGUGUUGCAUACGUUGGCUGGAUCCCACCCCGGGGUGCGGCCUACCCCCUCAAACUGCGGCUGGGGUGGCACCCAGCCGGUGUAUGGUGUGCGGGAGUCGCCGACUGAGGAGUAGGCGAAGUGUCGAGGCGGUUGAUUGAGUUGAACUGUUGAUCAGUGGAAUCAGACCCUUAUAUAGUGGUCUAAUCUUCCACGUGAUCUAUUUCUUGUUUAUUCAUUUCUACAUUCUCAACAGUGAGAGAAACCUUUGUCGAUAUCUUAUAUUUCAUAAUGAUGAAGCUGAAGGAGAAAAAUACUGUAAUGAAAAGAGAAUUCAGCAUGGUCACGCUUCCUGACACCACACAGUGAUGUACGAAAAGAGCAGAGAACAACAAAUAGGUACCCUUUUUCAAUUUGUCGAUUUCUUCGCAUGAUCAUUUUUCCCAGAGUACACGCACCACAGCAGCCGUUUCAUGGUGGGAUGAGCAGAAAUAGGUAACCUUAUGAAAAUUGAAUUAUCGUCUUAUUUCGUAGUCAUUUCUUGUCAGUUUAUCAAAAAUAUUUUUGAGCCACAUUGUUUUGGGGGAUUCUUUUUUCAAUUUUGAUAUUAUCGAACCCGACUUUUCUUUUCGUUGUUCAAAACUAUUGAUCUCAUCUUUCAAAAAUUUUUUUUCGAAUUGUUUUCAAAACUCGUUUUGAAAGAAGAAUCAAUUUUCAGAGAAACUCCUGAACACGGAUAUCAACAGCCACAGGUAUGGUUCUCUGUGUGAUUUAUUUUUCUGUAAGGGCAAAAGUUGUGCUUAGAGCUCUUGUCAUAACCCAAAUAAAAUUCGGUAAAGUUUUUUUUUUGCUGAUCCAAUCGCAGUUUUUUGCAUUCCGCUAAGCUAAAUCAUAAAAUGCUGUCAAUUUUCGCUGCUUUUCGGAACUCGAAUUCCGAACCUUCCACAACUUUCUAAGUAUUUCUAUGGAUUGAAGUGAACUAAUCAAAAGCGUUCACAACCUUUGAGCUUAUCAAAUCAGGGCAAAAGCUCGAAGUUUUCUGUUAGCUUUUUCCAUGACGGAGAGAGAGUCCUGGACUUAGUCACGUAUCGUAUAAUAUGUAUCAGAAAAGAGCCAAUUUUUUUUAGUACCACGAGUAAAGGCUAGGAAAGAUUGAAACAUGAUAAUCGGAGUUAGAAACUAGAAGAUGAGAUUAGAUUUUUGCAGCUGCUGAGCGAAGAUCGAAAUGCGCGCGACAGAGUAAUAGAUACUGUCAAAGAUAUUCAAAACAAAGGAUGCAUUCCAUUUGUGAGUUAUCCGCCUCCACCCAACUCCAAGUCAAGUUUCUGCUUUCAGCUGUCCGAAUUGCAAUCGAUUUUCAAGCAUAAAGAUUUGGAACAUUUCCUUGAAACGUCUGGUUAUUUUGAAAAGAGACGCUCGGGUGACAGGGUAUGUUUUUUAUGAAAUAAGUUGAUUCAAGUUUUUUUUCAAGAUCGCUUACUUCAUCUUCGAGCGAAUGAAUGGUAUGAGAAAUUUUUCCAAUUGA